ACAAUCACACGGCACAGAGCGCAACCCCCCAACGAGUCAUCGGAGCUGUCAAUCACCCAGCGGCGCUUUGAAGUCGGCCUCCUCGCUUCGGCUCUCGUUCAGAUCCGAGAGACAGCCACACGAGUCAUCUCCGGAGCGCCGCGACUCUUUUCUGCAUGUUUUACGCACUUUUACGCACGGAAAGUCUGCCCCGAACCUGCGCGCGGCUCUUCGCACACACUCACAGCGCGUUUGUAAAAGUUCUUUGGAGUUGUUUUUGGAAGUCAAAAGUAGAGAAUUAGGUUAAGAAAAAAAAAAAAAAAAAAAUCAGAAAUAAACAUGCCGCAGUUGAGUAACGGCGGAGGGGACGAUCUCGGAGCCAACGAUGAGAUGAUAGCGUUUAAAGACGAGGGCGAGCAGGAGGAGAAGAUCCCCGAGAACGCGUUCACCGAGCGGGACCUGGCCGAUCUCAAGUCGUCUCUGGUCAACGAGUCUGAGAUCAAUCAGAGCCCGAGCGCAGCGUCGGUCAGACGAGGACAGCAGAGCGAAGAGAGAGGCUACUCCUCUGAGAAACAACGCGAGCAUUUAGACACAGUGUCCAAGCAGCAGCAGUCUGACGGGGGCAUGUACAAGUCUGGCUCGUACCCCGGAUACCCCUUCCUCAUGUUACCGGACCCGUACCUGCCCAACGGAGCCGUGUCCCCUUCGAACAAAGUGUCGGUGGUGCAGCAGUCUCACGGGAUGCACCCGCUCACGUCGCUCCUGCCCUACACCAACGACCCGUUCAGCGCCAGCCCCCCGCACCUGCCCACCGACAUGAGCCAGAAGACGGGUGUGCACAGACAGAGCCAGGACCUGUCCGGGUAUUACCCCCUCCCCCCGGGCGGAGUGGGCCAGAUCACCCCCUCCAUGGGCUGGCAGAGUCAGACCUCGGUGUAUCCCUCGCUCUCCUCCUGCGGAUUUAGACAAACCUACUCCUCCAACCUCCCCAGCUCCUCCAACUACACCAGGUUUCCACACUCCCUGAUGCUCGGGCCCUCGGGGAUGCACCCCACAGGGAUCCCCCACCCCGCUAUAGUGCCCCCUACAGGCAAACAGGAGCACGACCCCUACGACCGCGCCAUGUACACGAAGCCUCAGGUGGAGGUGAAGAGGGAGAAGGAGCCGAAGAAGCCUGUGAUAAAGAAACCUCUGAACGCCUUUAUGCUCUACAUGAAGGAGAUGAGGGCCAAGGUGAUCGCAGAGUGCACCCUGAAGGAGAGCGCCGCCAUCAACCAGAUACUCGGCCGCAGGUGGCACGCGCUGACCCGUGAGGAGCAGGCCAAAUAUUAUGAACUGGCCCGAAAGGAGAGACAGCUCCACAUGCAGCUGUACCCCACCUGGUCCGCACGCGACAACUACGAGGCAGGCCAUAGCGAGGGCGGUAGAUGGGCGGAUGGGGGCAAGAAGAAGAGGAGAAAAAGGGAGAAGACACAGGACUCCACUGCAGACCCCGGCUCUCCAAAGAAGUGUCGCGCUCGCUUCGGUCUGAACCAGCAGACCGACUGGUGUGGGCCCUGCAGGAGGAAGAAGAAAUGCAUACGAUACCUGCAGCAUCGGGACCUUUGCGCUAGCCCCGACUCCUCCGAACUGAGCGCCAUGGACUCUCCCUCUCCCCAGACGCUUCCCCCCGCCCUCACAAACAUCGAGUCUCCGCCCACGGCCCCGUCCCCGUCCCGCAGUCACCCCAGAAACCACUCCAGCCUCGCCGUCCCGCCGCCGCCGCCGCCGCAGCAGCACGUCUCGCCCGGCUGCUCCCCCUCUCCCCGGACGCUCCCCGCUCCCGUCAAAGCCGCAGACACUCCGCCGGCGCUGUCCCCGUCUCGCGGUUACCAGCAGCGGGGUCAGCAGGGCCGGCCCAGCGUUGGCGGUUUUCAGCACCGCCACGGCUGCCCUCCCGCUCCCCAGACGCUUCCCCCGCCCCGCCUCGUGCACACCCGCUCACACGCACGCUCGUCGCCGCAGCAGCCGUGCCAGAUCAAGCCGUCGCUGGCCAGAGCGGCGGGGCUGUCGCUCAAAGUGCUGACGGACAAUCACUGAAGAGGAGACGAAUCCAACGAGAAGUGUUUUUUCUGUAAAUGUGGACGUUUGUUUGGAGGUGAAGGAGUGACAUUAGGCUGUUUUCUGAUCUACGUUACAAAACAAAACACACCUGGAGUUGUGUUUCGUUUCAUUCACACAAACUCUGCACAUUCAGGCAUUGUUCUUCUCUCAAACAGAAAACACAAGCGAUCCACUGUGUUUUUAAACUCCACACACCCUCACUAAAAGCAUUUGGAUCAUGUCAGCCCUGGAGUCACCGAUCUCUCCUGAACUAAAGGUAAAAGAAGCUGUUAACUUGAAAAUGACCGCUUCAUGACAUCACAAGUUGGAACAGAGCAUUUUGAGACCUCCAUGAUGUUAGGACCCCCAUCAAAACCACAACUACACAAAAACUGUGCCUGUCGUUUGUGCCGAUUUGUCCUGCAAAAAGUUUCAUUUGUGCUAUUUUUGUUUUUGAGAUCUUCACAAUUCUUUUAUAGGUCAAAUUAGGUCCAGACGGCCCCACAGGAAGCUUCAAAAUGCUCUUCAACGGCCCAAAAUGGAGUCAGUUGUUUGUGCUACAUUUGUGCUGUUUCGUGCUGCAAAAAGUUUUGUUUGUGAGAUUAUGGUUCUUAAGGUAUUAGCAGUUUUAUUUUGGACCGAUGACGUCAUCCAGCCCCUCAAAAUGUUAAAGAGUCUCAAAAUAGACUCGAAUUAUAUGAAACAUUGGUAUUUUGUUUGUGCUGUUUUGUGCUGUGACAGUUUUUAUUUGUGUCAGCAUAUUUCUGAAAUUAUUAAUUAUUUUUGCGGAAAUUAUAUGAUGUCAUUUCCGUUCGGUUAACGGCAGCAAACUCCGCAAGACUUGUGAAGAGAAACGAUGUGAGGCUGUGGAAAAGUCUGCAUUAUUAAAUAAAACAUGAAUCAAAAGCAAGUUCCUACAGACUGAUACAGACUUUUCCACAGCCUCACAUCAUUUAUCUUCACGAGUUUUGUUAAAGCCGCUGUUGUCAGCCGAGCGGAAAUGAUGUCAUAUAAUUUCCACAAAAAUAAUAGUUAAUAGUUUUAGAAAUAUGCUCGCAGAAAUGAAAAUUGUCACAGCACGAAACAGCACAAAUGAAAUACAGAUGUUUGGUAUAAUUUUCUGCUGUUUUGAGGCUCUUUAACGUUUUGAGGGGCUGGAUGAUGCUAUUGGCAAAAACUAAAACUAAACUAAAUAAAACAAAGAUUUUUGCAGCACAAACGAAGCACAAACGGCCGUUGAAGAGCAUUUUGAAGCUUCCUGUGGGGCUGGCUGACCCUAAAUUGACCUCUAAAAGAAUUGUUAAUAUCUCCAAAAACUAAAGCAGCACAAACAAAACUCUUUGCAGCACAAAACGGCGCAAACGAUUAACGUAGUUUUUGUGUAGGUUCGCGUUUGAUGGGGGGCCAGCUUCACACGGGUCAUUUUGAAUUAUUUAGAGCUCAGGCCGACUAAUAAUAAAGCGUUACUCAAACAUGUGAAUGAAACAAAACCCAACUCCAGGUCUGUUUUUGCGGAGGUAAAAACAUUAUAACAUGACUUAAAGCUCACAAGAGUCAAUUUGCGUAAUAUAGGACCUUUAAGUUUGAAAAUUAGACCAUUCGUUUUUCAAUAAAUACUGUGAAUCAUUUUAGAAAAUAAGUACACUUUUGCUAUUAUUAUUAUAUUUUGUUGACAAUGUACACAGCAGUAAAGUCAUUCCCUGUAUUCUGAAGUUCCUAUAUUACACAAAAUUGCCUCUUGUGAGCUUUAAGUCAUGUUAGAAUGUUGUUACCUCCUCAAAAACAGACCUGGACUUGUGUUUUUGUUUAUUUCACAGUUUAGUUUUGAGUAAUUCUUUAUUUUUAGUCUGUCUACAAAACUCAAAAUGUUCCGCUGCACAGUUCUCAAGUCACGUUUUACCUUCUGUUCAGUAGAGAGGGGCAUUUCCAGGUAAUAUUUGACCUUUUAAAAGAACACACAGUACCGUCUUUGUGUUUUGGAGAUGUAAAUGUUCCUCUUCGCAGCGAGAGCACCUUUAGAUCGAGAAAAAAACGGACAAACUGAGCCGAGUAGCGGACCAGGGUCUUAGAAUUAAAGGCGUAGAAUUGGACCCUCUUCCUCUUAGUUCAUACCAAAGGGGGGCCCGUGUGAGACUUUUUGCCCCGGGUCCCUCAAAUUUCUGUCGACGGGCCUGACUGUGAGCGGAGAUAUUUUUUUUUAGAGAGUUAGUUUAGUCCGAAUUUCACUUUCUCGCAUUCUGUGCCACACAAAACAACAACCGGUGUUUUGACUCAAAUAUGAGCGUUCAGGAAAAAUAAAUGAAUGAUUAAAACGUACUAAUAGACGCUAAAACAAUUUGAGAAAUGCGUUUUUGCCGUUGUGUGUCACUCCUUCGCCUCUCGUCAGCAGCUACAAAACAAAACCACCAAAAAUCCCAUGACAUUUAACUCAGUAUUUGUGCAGGUUUGAUGAGUCAAAGUUCUCUCUUUUAGGCACUUUUUAUCUGUUUACAAAAUCUAUGAGGACCAAAACUGACAAAACAAUAUAGAACUCGUACCAAGUGUGCCAAGAUGAAAAAAAUAAAUAAAAAAUGUGUGUAAAUGAAUAGAAAAUGUACAAAUAAAUACAAACAAAUCCAGAAAUGUGAAAUUAUAGUAAAGGAUUUUAUUGGAUGACUCUACAAAGAUGUCUAAAUGCAUGAAAGAGGAGGUAUUAUGGAUUUUUUUUUUUUUUCUACAUGUCUGAAGAGGUUUUAGCUGUCAUCCAUACAUGUUUGAGUAAUCUAGCGAUCUCUACUGGGCCUUAAUUGAACCCUCCUUAUGUUUAGCUUGAAGUUUCUGCUCAAGAAGACAUAUAUAGCAUUUUUAAAACAAUAAAAGGUCACAUGAUGAUCUAAAAAUGUCAUGUGAUUGUGUUGUGUGCAGUUAUACCCCAGAAAAGUGAAUUAACUCCUCUUUAAAUUAGAUAAAAAUAUAAUUAAUUCUAUUUCUAUUGGUUCUUUUAUAUUGUUUUGCCAGUGCUGGUCUUUCAUAUAAAUCAAUGGUUACAAUCUUAUUUUUGUGCAUUUAUGGCGCGCUGUGUAACUGUUCUGGUGGUGAGGCGGACAUUUGCAUCAUCUGUCUCCAUGGAGAUUUGUAUAGAAUGUUCCACAGUACGGCAUUAAACAUAUUACAGGUGUUUCUCAUACUCAAAAAUACCUUCAAAAUUUUGCAAUCUUCCUGUGAGUGGAUACGUUUAAUGCAUGUGGAAUGGUUCGGGCAAAGCAAUAACAUCUCCAUGGAGACAAGCAGAUGGCAGACCCUCCGUCAGAAAUGUUACGCAGUGCACCUUUAAAGGUCCUGUAUUACUCUUGUGAGCUUCAAGCCAUGUUAUAAUGUUGUUGCCUCCUCAGAAACAGACCUGCACUGCACGGUUCUCUGAUCUGUCCAAGAUUUUAAAACUUAUAUCAGGUUAUUCAUCUGGUUUUCAGGUUUAUUAUCUACUUUCUGGUUCUGACAAUGCUUAAUUUUAGUCUAGAGGUUGUUUAUUUUAAGAGAACUUGUCAAGUAAAAUUAUCUGUCCAUGCAGGAAGAUAAUUUCACUACUUUUAAGUCAUUUUCUGAAAGUGUUUAUAUCUUUAGCUUUUUUGCAGUGGUGUUUUGUUUCAUUCACACAAGUUUGAGUAACUCUAGGAUGAUUAGAUAUGAGUUACAUCUACAAAACUCAAUAUGCUGUGUUUAGGGGUAUGAUAUUGCAAGUUGAUAUUUUCAGCAUGAGAGAAGAACAUACAGGGUUCCCACAGUCAUGAGAAUCCUGGAAAAGUCAUGGAAACUGAAAAUGUCAUUUCCCAGGCCUGGAAAAGUCAUGGAAUUUUGUAAAUACAAUGAAAGUUUUGGAAAAGUCAUGAAAUUAUAUUAUCUCUUUCACACAACUCCAGUGUUCUGUUCAGUUCUCAUGAGGCUAUUAUGAUUAUUUCAGAACAUCUGUGCCUUUUGUUUAAAAGAGACGACAAUAAAAUCACUGACAGGAUUUAAAUGUUCAAAAACUAUAAUCAAAAAACUAUAAGGUGAGUGGAAAGAGUAAAAAUUUCAUAUUUAGCCUGAAAAAUCUGAUCAGUUCGACUCAUGUAGGUGCUGUAAAGCAGAGGUGGGACUUGCAAGUUGUGACUUGGACUCAAGUCAGACUUGACUAUUUUUAGGACUUGAGACUUGACUUGAUAAAUUAGACUUAGACUUGGGACUUGACUUGAACCAGAAGGUCAGUGACUUGGGACAUGACAGACUUGAGGCCUGUGACUUGAGAAGACUUGACACUUCUCCUAAAAAAUAUAUGUUUUUAGAAAAUACUUUAUUAAAAUGCUUAAUUUUAUAGAAACAAACUGGAACAUGUCCCUCCCACUUCUGUUUGGUACUUUGGAUGUAAUUGAAGUACUGUGAGAUGGUGUCUUCACUGUGCUACAGUAAUAUACAGUAACAUACAGUACAAUACAGUAAAAGGAACUACAGAGAACAUGAUCCUUCCUUUUAAGUGCAGAUUACAUGACAAAAUAAAUGUUAUUUAGCAUUUUUAAAUCAAAAUUCUUUCUAUUCUGACCUUAAUGAUUCACACUAAGAUCUUCUCAAGACAUUUAAAAAGGAAAAAUGAGCAUUUCUACAAAUCUUAAAUACUCAUAUAUAAAUAUACCGUGACUUUUUAAGUACAAUUUAGUUUAAAAUUCAUAUAUUUAGCAAAAAUAUAAGUUGGUUUAAAGAUUUGAAAUGACUUGGAGCUCAAAGCAGACGACUUGGACUUAUGGGCCAGUGACUCAAGACUUAACUUAGGCUUGCCUUUAUUUGACUUGGGACUUGACUUGGACUUGAGGUCAAAGACUUGAGACUUACUUGAGACUUGCAAAACGACGACUUGGUCCCACCUCUGCCGUAAAGUCAUGGAAAAUUCACUUUAGGUCAUGAAAAAGUCAUGGAAAAAAUGUUGUCAGUGAAAAAGACUGGGAACCCUGAGCCUAAAUGUGCAGGGUUUGUGUGUUAAACAUGUGUGAAUGAAACAAAACACAACUCCAGGUCUGUUUGUGACGAGGAAACAGAACAUAAAUGAGAGAACAGUGUAACAUGGGCCCUUUAAUAUGAAUUGGCAGGUGCGUGCGAGUUACUAUUUUAUGUUUAAUAAUGUUUUGUAUUUUUGACUGACAUUCUGCAGCUGUGUAAAGACCAAAUGAGAACUAUUAUAAAUCUCACGUGUUGUAAAGUUUCCAAUUAUUAUAACUUUUCUAUGUUUUUAUGUAAAAUAUUUGAAAAAAAAAAUUACAAAAAAAAAAAAAAAAGUUAAGUUUUCAAAGCAAUACAUUUUGAGUGUUGUCUUAACUGUCAGAUCUGUGCAUGGUCAAACUACAUCGGACUUAAUGUUUUGAUUUUCUCUUGAGUAAUUCUGCAGUUGUCCACUAGAGGGAGCGCUGGUGGAUAGCUGUGAUUUAAAAAGGUCAUUCCUCUUUUGAAAAAUAAAUGAAACAUGUUUUUUUUUUUUUUUUUUUUUUUUUUUUGUAUUUUUGAUGCAUUGAAAUCCAUGACGUAUUAUCUGUUUUUGUUACAUGUAAUAAAGUGUUUUAAUAUUUGUCAUAGUCGUCACUUCUGAUCAAUGAGGGCGGGAAAGAGGGAUGCAGAGGAGAGGGUCAGAGAAGAGGAGAGGGUCAGAGGAAAGGGUCAGAGGAGCAGAGGAGAAGGUCAGAGGGUCAGAGGAGAAGCGGAGAGGGGCAGAGGACAGAGGAAAAGGUCAGAGAACCAGAGGAAAGGGUCACAGAAGCAGACGAGAAGGUCAGAGGAACAGAGAAGAGGGGC